AAAGUUGGACAUGACGCAUCUUUGGAAAACCUAAGAGCGAGCUCGUCGGUGAAAAUGUUUUAGUGGAUAACAUAGUAAUGCCCUUAAAAAAUUUCAUGGCAACCACCCAUUAACACCAUGACACCACCACACCGAAGGUCACUCGUUUCAGCGUGCCCAUCGACAACAUUUGCGCGUCGCGGCCCCUCCAAGUCUCUGCUGCUGGGUCGUCGUCGCCUUGCAGUUUCGUUCCGGGCCAAUCGCCUUCACCUUCUCCAGAUAUAAAAGGCUCCAGAUGCGAAUGCGACUGCCCAAGCUUGCUCGCUUGCUUCUCCCGGCCGAUUUCACUGCCAUUUCUUGCUUGAUUUUGAGAGGGGUAGAGAGCCUUUGCACGUAGCCGGAGAUGAUCUUCUCCGCUUUAGUUCUGCUGUUCUGCUUCACCUGGUCCUUUCGUCUCAAGGCAGUCGCCGCUGCAGGCCAUGGAUCAGCAGGAGCAGACCAGAACUACGGCACCUUGGAUCAGGUGAAGGAGAAACUCCAACAGGUCGGGCUCGAGUCAUCUAACCUUAUAAUCGGGGUGGAUUUCACCAAGAGCAACGAAUGGACAGGGAAGCGUUGUUUCGACGGGAGAAGCCUGCAUCACGUCGGGGACGCUCCGAACCCUUACGAGCAGGCGAUCGGCAUCAUCGGGAGAACGCUGUCAGCGUACGACGAAGACAACAGGAUCCCGUGCUUCGGCUUCGGGGACUCAACGACGCACGACCGAAGCGUCUUCAACUUCUACAGAGAUGGCCGGGCGUGCAACGGAGUUUCAGAAGCACUGCAGCGAUACAGAGAGAUCGCCUCUCACGUUCGGCUCUCUGGGCCGACAUCUCUAGCUCCGAUCAUAGAAGCGGCGACGAGAAUUGUUGAAGCUUCUAGGCACCAGUACCACAUCCUACUGAUCAUAGCUGACGGCCAGGUUCCGACACGUACUGGUGCUCAUUCAGCAAGCUACCCGACUGAGGCAAGAUCCAUGAACUACCUUGAAGAAAGGACUCUUCAGGCUUUCAUACAUGCCAGUCAUUUCCCUCUGUCUAUUGUCCUCGUCGGAGUCGGUGAUGCGCCAUGGGAUGAUCGCAUCCACCGCCACGAUAACCAACAUUUGUUCGAUAAUUUCCAGUUUGUGGAUUUCACCGAGAUAAUGUCAAGGGAAACAUCGCAAGCCGAGAAGGAGGAUCAGUUCGCGCUGGAAGCUCUGAGGAAGAUACCAGCCCAGUACAGCACGAUAAUCGACAAGUGGAUCCGUGAGCAGGCCGCAAGCGCGCCUCCAGGGACUCCUCUUCCCCCACCUUGUUGAGACGGUUCUUGUGUGUGCGGGUAGCCGGGUGAAGCGUCGCAAAUGGAUGGGGGAUGGCAGAUGAUGCACAGUCUGAACUCUGAAGCUUGCUGCCACUUGGAGUUCAGUCAGUUGACACUUGACAGUCGGCAUUAGCUUAACCUUAGGUCUCACAUCAGAAUUACCUUGUACCGACGGUCUCAUGAGUCGUACACUCGUACUACUGGCAUAUGUAGACAUAUUUUCUCCUUUUCUAUGUUUUCUUCUUGAUGUGAUGACGUGAUGUGCUGCGAUGCGAAUAGAAAUUUAGCAAAUACUAACAA